UCGCCUGCCUGCCUGGGCCUGGCCUGCUCGAGGCUGCGCGCGCACGCCCUUCCCUUCCUCCUCCUCCUCCUCCUCCCUGACAGGCCUGCCUUUGCCGCCUCCACCCAGGAAGGAAGGAAGGAAGGAAGGAAGGAAAGGAGGAAAAAGGAGAAGGCUCUCUCUCUCUCUCUCAACCUUCCCUCGAGGAAGAGGCAGGUGGCCCUCCAGAAUCCGUGUUCCUGGGCAAAAAGGACGCCAUGUUUCCCUGGAAUAUUUCCGCGAGCAAAAGCAGGGGGAUUCCGAUGCAGAAACGUCACGACUGACCUCCACGCUGGAUUGGGAUGAUGUGGGAGUGCUGCGAAUAAUGGGAAUGAAGGCAACGCUCCUCUAACGUGGGAGAACCUCGACCUGCCUUUUGCGUUAUCCUCUUCGAACUGAGUUUCAACACAACCUCUGUUCUUCUCGACCAGGAAGAUAGACCCACAGGAAAUGGGGAUGUUGUGACUUUCAUUCUGGAACAAUUGCCCGGGAAGCCGUGCCCGUCCGCUUCUCUGAUUACGGGAAUAUAAACCCAUCAAAACGAGAACGUUGUGACCGAAAAGGCUUGCCCGGGAAGCUGUUCUCAUCUGUUUCUUCUAGAAACCAAUUGAAAAUGGGAAUGUUGUGACUUGUCCAGGAAACCAUGAUCUGUCCAUUUUUUCGAUUAUGGGGAAGUUGUGAUUUGUUCUGAGACCGUUAUUCUGAAGCCGUGAUUUGUCUGUUCCUCCGAUUAUGGGGAUGUUGUGACGAUCGACCGUGAUUUCUCAGUUUCUUCGAUUAUGAGAUUUUUUUGACUCGUACCGAGACGAUUGCCCAUGAAGCGGUGAUUUGUCCGUUUAUCCAAUUACGGGGAGACGUACUCCGUAAAAAAAUCGGCAUGACUGCCUGCUAAUCAGUUGCCCGUCCGCCUGUCUUGGAGUGGCGGUUGAUCCUUCAGGUGUGUGUCGUGGGUGGGACACCCGCAGGAUUUGUGCCAGGAGCCCCCACGGAGAUGAGAAGGGCGGUCCAGAACUGGUAGGACCCUCUCAGCCCGCCCGCCCGCCCGCCUGCCCGCUGGUGAUACCAUGGGAUGCCGGCAAAGCUCGGAGGAGAAAGAGGCGGCGCGGCGGUCCCGGCGGAUCGACCGGCACCUGCGCUCGGAGAGCCAGCGCCAGCGCCGGGAGAUCAAGCUGCUCCUGCUGGGGACCAGCAACUCCGGGAAGAGCACCAUCGUUAAGCAGAUGAAGAUCAUCCACAGCGGCGGGUUCAACCUGGAGGCCUGCAAGGAGUACAAGCCGCUCAUCAUCUACAACGCCAUCGACUCGCUCACCCGCAUCAUCCGGGCGCUGGCCACCCUCAAGAUCGAGUUCCACAACCCGGACCGGGCCUACGACGCGGUGCAGCUCUUUGCGCUGACGGGCCCCGCGGAGAGCAAGGGGGAGAUCACGCCCGAGCUGCUGGGGGUCAUGAGGCGGCUGUGGGGCGACCCCGGGGUGCAGGAGUGCUUCUGCCGCUCCAGCGAGUACCACCUGGAGGACAACGCCGCCUACUACCUGAACGACCUGGAGCGCAUCGCGGCCGCGGACUACAUCCCCACGGUGGAGGACAUCCUGCGCUCCCGGGACAUGACCACGGGCAUCGUGGAGAACAAGUUCACCUUCAAGGAGCUGACCUUCAAGAUGGUGGACGUGGGCGGGCAGCGCUCCGAGCGCAAGAAGUGGAUCCACUGCUUCGAGGGCGUCACCGCCAUCAUCUUCUGCGUCGAGCUGAGCGGAUACGACCUCAAGCUGUACGAGGACAACCAGACGAGCCGCAUGGCCGAGAGCCUCCGCCUCUUUGACUCAAUCUGCAACAACAACUGGUUCAUCAACACCUCGCUGAUCCUCUUCCUGAACAAGAAGGACCUGCUGGCGGAGAAGAUCCGCCGGAUCCCGCUGAGCGCCUGCUUCCCGGAGUACAAGGGCCAGAACACCUACGAGGAGGCCGCCGUCUACAUCCAGCGCCAGUUCGAGGACUUGAACCGCAACAAGGAGACCAAGGAGAUCUACUCCCACUUCACCUGCGCCACCGACACCAGUAACAUCCAGUUCGUCUUCGACGCCGUCACAGACGUCAUCAUCCAGAACAACCUCAAGUACAUCGGGCUUUGCUAGGCCCGGCACUCGGUUGUAAACGGGGCCACAAACGAAACGCCGGCCGCGACGGACGGACGGACUGGCGGAGGGACGGAAACCACCGGAUCGGGCGGAAAGGAGGAGCGAUCGGUAAUGAACUCCGACGGGGGGGGGGGGGGGGGGUCGCUGCCGCCUCCCCCGACUUCACGCAUGCACUUUUCAUUGUUUUCGUUGUUCAGGGAGGGGGAAGUAACGAAGAUUUGCCUUCGAUUAAAAAAAAGGGGGGGGUCGAGUUUCCGAACUUGAAAAAGAAAACCUGCUACUCUGACGUCGCUGCUGCCUCUCGUCGUCGUCCAUUUGUUAUUGUUUUUCUAAUUUAUUUAUUUAUUAUUUAUAUUAGGAUGAUGAAUUAAUCAUUGCCCCGUUAUGUGUCUUUGUCAAUCUUAACGAGGUGGAAUAUAUUUAAUUUUCAAUGAACGGGAUAGGUAGAUUCAUUAAUACAAGAGCUGGAGGAAUAUAUUUAAUUUUUUGGUGUCCAAGCAAAAUCAAUGAAUGGGAUAUUUAGGUUCAUUAAUAUAAGAGAUGGAAUAUAUUUAAUUUUUGUGUGCAAGGAAAAUAAAUUAAUGAAAUAGGUAGAUUCAUUAAUACAAGAGAUGGAGGAAUAUAUUUAAUUUUCUUUUUUUGUGACCAAGGAAAGUCAAUUAAUAGAAUAGGUAGAUUCGUUAAUAUAAGAGACUGAAUAUAUUUAAUUUUUUUGUGUCCGAGGAAAAUUAAUUAAUGGAAUAUGUAGAUUCGUUAAUACAAGGGAUGCAAGAAUAUAUUCAAUUUUUUUAAUGUCCAAGCAAAAUUAAUUAACGGGAGGCUUGGGUCCAUUAAUAAAAGAGAUGGAAUAGAUUUAAUUUAAUAUUUUUUUCAUCUAAGCAAAAUCAAUCAAAAUAAUUUUUUUUUUCAUCCAAGCAAAAUCAGUUAACGGGAGGUGUACAUUCAUUAAUACAGGAAAUAGAAUAUAUUUAAUUUAACAUUUUGCGUGUUCAAGCAAAAUCAAUUAAUGGUAGACUCGGAUUCAUUAAGACGAGAGGCAGAAUAUAUUUAAUUUUUUGAGAAAAAAAUUAAUUGGAUUAAUUAAUUAAUGCAGGAAAUGGAAUUACCUGUUAUUUUUUGUCGUUACGAAAAGAACGAAAAACAAAAUAAUGGGGAGACUCGGGUUAAUUAAAUACUGGGGGAAUUCAUCUUAUUAAUUGAAUUAAUUUCUAUAUAUUUAAUUUUUGAGAAAAUAAUAUUAAUUGGAUUGAUUAAUUAAUACGGGAGAUGGAAUGACUUGUUUUUCUUUAUUGUGACAACGAAAAAUUUUCUUUGUCGUUAUGAAAAGAACGAAAAAAAUAACGGGAGACUCGGAUUAAUUAAUACAAGGGGAAUUAAGAUUAUUAAUUGUAUUAAUUAGUAUUGAUUGAAUCAAUAAUAUUCAGUAUUUUGCGUAACUUUGAGCUGAACGCCAAGGCUGUGUAUUCAUGGUCUUGUUGCGUUGUCGUUUUUCGCAUCGUUAAUUGAUGGUGAAAUAUUCAGAUUAAGUGUUAAUGGGAAUCCCAACAGCCAAAAAUUAUAAAUAUAAAUAUAUGAAUAAAUAAAUAGGAAAAUAAACUAAUUGCAUUCCUAAUAUAUAUAAGACUAGGCCAAACUAUACAACUUUUUACAUUCCUUUUAAUUAACCUUUUUUUUUUUGGUCGCCAAAUAAUCGUGCUCUUAAUACUAACAAACCAAGUAUUGAAAAACAAGUGUAGGUUCUUGUUUUUUUUAUUUAAUUUUUGUAAAUUAUUUUUAAUUAUUUUUUUUAAUUAAAAUCUUAUUUUGUGUCUGGAAUUUUAACAAGCGUUAAAAUUUGACUAGGCCAAACUCUUAUACAUCUUACAUUCCUUUUAAUUAACUUAUUUUUAUUUUUUAUUUUUUUGGUCGCCGAAUAAUUGUGCCCUUAACACUAACGAACGAAGUAUUGAAAAACAAGUGUAGGUUCCUGUUUUUUUUAAAAUUUAAAAUAUUUUAAAUUUUCUUUAAACUUAAUGUUUAAAAAAUUUAAUUAAUGUUUAAAUUUUUUUUAAAAUUAAUUUAAUUUUUAAUUUAACGUUUAAAUUUUUUUAAAUUAUUUUUUAAAAUUUUUUUAAUUAAAAUUUUGUGUCUGGGAUUUUAACGAGAGUGCCAUAUAGACGGAUUAUAACGAGGAAACUUACAAAAAGGAAUUAAUGCCUUUCUUUAUUAAAAUAAAAACAAAAAACAAAAAACCACUGGAUGCCAAUGUGAAACUGUACAAUAUAGCCUUUUAAUUUUAAUUUCUAUUUUUUUAACUCUUUCGAUGCUUCAAUUAAUUCUAUUUUAACGUGACGUAAUUAUUCGGUGAAGAGACGAGUGGUAUGAACAAUAUUUAAAUGUCUAGAUAUUUAAUUUUAUUUCAAAAGUGGAAUUAAAAGAAGUGGAAGUGGAUGGUCUAUAUUUAACAAGCUUACAAUUAUUUUUGUUUGAUAUCCUGAGAAAGAGUGUUGUGCGAGAGUCUGGUUUUCACGUGGAUCGGCCAUUUUUUCACGAGGGCCACAUGACUGUUAUUCUCCGUGCAAAAGUCUUCUCUGCUCACAAAUUAGCAUUAUUGUUAUUAUUUGAAAAAAAUGUGGGAGUCUGAGAAAGUUGAUCAUUUUCAUGUGGGUCAUGAGGUUUUCACGUGGCUCGCACGACGGUUCUCGUGACGUGAUUCCUCCGUGAAAAAGACUUAUUUCACAAACUUAACAUGAUUAUUUGGGAGCCCGAGAAAGUGCCGUGUGAGGGGACCGUAUCCGCGGGGGACCGUAUCCCCUUUUCACGUGGCUCGCACGACGGUUCUCGUGACGUGAUUCCCUCCCGUGACAUCGCUUCCUCUGCACCCGGGCUCCCGAUCGCCUUUCUUUUUUUUGUAACGGAUUGGUGUAUGCUAAGUAAGUGUGUAAAUGUAUGUGCAAAGAACUGUAAACAACGUCAAGGCACCCCCUCCUCCUUCUCACACUCGCACUCACACUCGCACUCACAAGGACUUCCCCUCCCCCCCCUUUCCUCUCGUGUUUCCUGAUUCUACGAAGAUCGUCAGCCAAGGACUUUGCCGAUUUUAAAUAAAAUAUAAUCAAACGGAGAACCAAGGAAACGGUGAUGGUGACAAAACGUUGGAACGAGCUUUGCUUUGCAGGAAAGAUAAUAAAUUAAUCCCAAAAAACAAUGAUA